AUGUAUUUCGUGAAUGACUUUGUUGCGAAGGGACCUGUAGCGGUUGUGGCCAUUGAGAUAAAAGCUGGUGGAGUGUCUACUACCACAGCUGGUGGAGUGUCUACUACCACAGCUGGUGGAGUGUCUACUACCACAGCUGGUGGAGCUUCCACUAUCACAGUUGGUGGAGCAUCUACCACCACAGCAGGUGGAGGGUCCACUACCACAGCAGGUGGAGGGUCCACUACCACAGCUGGUGGAGGGUCCACUACCACAGCUGGUGGAGGGUCCACUACCACAGCUGGUGGAGGGUCCACUACCACGGCUGGUGGAGGGUCCACUACCACAGCUGGUGGAGGGUCCACUACCACAGCUGGUGGAACUUCCACUACCACAGCUGGUGGAACUUCAACUACCACAGCUGGAGGAACUUCCACUACCACAGCUGGUGGAACUUCCACUACCACAGCUGGUGGAACUUCCAACUACCACAGCUGGAAGGAACUCACUACCACAGCUGAGGUGGAACUUCCGCUACCACAGCUGGUGGAACCCUUCCACUACCACAGCUGGUGCAGGCAUCUACUACAUUUAGCUGGUGGAACUUCUAACUACCACAGCUGA